UGUAAAGCCGGAAAGGGAGAGAAGGGGAGGGGUUGCGGGGGAGAAACGAAAUGAGGAGGAACCUGCGUUACAUUCGAUGAAGAGAAAGAAGAUGGGGAGGGAAGGGAGCGCCGCCGUUACCUUCCUGUGAGGCGGAGGAGCGGCCUUUUGUCUCCCUCCGGGGAGGGGGGGGGUUAUUUUUUUUUUCAUUUCCCCCCCUCCUGAGGAAAAGUAGAAGUGCGGGGUGGAAUAAGAAAGGGGUUUUGGGAGGGGGAAGUUAAUUUACCCCGCAUUUCCUGCCCUCCGAUUUAAAAAAAAACCCACACCCCCCCCCCUCCUCCGCCGCCCCCACCUUAAAGGCGCUGUGUGUGUGUGUGUGGCAGAGGCGGCCAUGAGGGAGUACAAGGUGGUAGUGCUGGGCAGCGGCGGCGUGGGCAAGUCCGCCCUGACAGUGCAGUUUGUAACUGGCACCUUCAUCGAGAAGUACGACCCGACCAUCGAGGACUUCUACCGCAAAGAGAUCGAGGUGGACUCAUCACCAUCGGUGUUGGAGAUUCUGGACACCGCAGGCACUGAGCAGUUCGCCUCCAUGAGGGAUUUGUACAUUAAGAAUGGCCAGGGUUUCAUCCUGGUUUACAGCCUAGUCAACCAGCAGUCCUUUCAGGAUAUCAGGCCCAUGCGUGACCAAAUCAUCCGUGUGAAACGCUACGAAAAAGUGCCUGUCAUCCUGGUGGGCAACAAAGUGGACCUGGAAAGCGAACGAGAGGUGUCAGGUGCUGAGGGCCGGGCCCUAGCUGAGGAAUGGGGCUGCCCCUUCAUGGAGACCUCUGCCAAGAGCAAGACCAUGGUGGAUGAGCUUUUUGCUGAGAUCGUCAGACAGAUGAACUAUGCUGCACAACCUGACAAGGAGGAUCAGUGCUGCUCUUCCUGUGUCCUACAGUAAAACACACUCAGAAAAGCAAAAACCACAUAAACUUUGUCAGUUCCUGUCUGGGGAGAUGACCACCUCUUCUGAUCUAGGCGGCAACUAGAUUAUUUCUUAUUGCUGUGUAUAAAAACAGCAGAUAUCAAAAGAGAGGUUUAUGACUUGCUCAGUGCUCAUCCUAUAUGCUAGCAUCAAAACAAAAGCACUUUUGGGUUAUGACAAAACAUUCAGUCAGUUACUAUUUGGCAAAUUGCUGCCUCUUCUAAAUCAGGGGACCCACCAGAUUAUUUCACACUGUUGUUUUAUAAAAAGCAGAGUGUCUUGAUGAGAAGCUUUAUAACUGAUGACCCCUUCCUGUGUCCGACAUAAGGAGAAAAAACAAACAAUUUGGGUUAGCACGAGACUUCGUAUUAGUUCCUGCCUGAGAGAUCUUGGCCUUGUCUAACCCAGGAGACCCAUUAGAUUGUUUUGUGUUCUUGUUUUUUUUGUUGUUUUUGAAAGAAGGAAGGAAAUCAAGAGCUUUAUAACUCCGAUGGAAUUGGGGACCAGUGUCCUAAAGGCAAAGCUAAUGCUUUGGGUAAAAGCGGGACUUUGAAUUAGUUGUGAUCUGGGAAGUCUUCACCUCUUCCAACUCAGGUGAAACUAAAGUGUCUCAAAUUGCUGUUUGUAAAAGGAGAAGAUAUCGACAAGAGGGCUUUAUAAUUGAUGAUCAGUGCUGCUCUUUGUGUCAUACCAUAAAAAGGUAAUGGUUCCUUUAAACGCAAGAAAAGACUUAGAUUGGUUGCAACGAGUGAGUUACGUGUGUUGUGACACAGCUUCAAAAAAAAGAGCCAAUUAUGUAGUGAAAAUUUUAAAACUAAAAUUUAAGGUUGAGGAUUAGGGCUGCUCUCUGUUGUGUAAAUGCACUGAUUUUAUAUAAAAAAAAUUUUUUUAAAGGAGCAGUUGUUAUGAUGCAAGUAGGAUGCCCACACCAGAUUGAUCUAGCUUCAGUCUUCUACAUUGUGUUACUGAGUAGUUAAAAUGCUUAUUGUAUAGUGGAGAGCCAGUAACUGAAAUGGGAGAGGAGAGUUCUCAGUUCAUGUCUUCUGUCGUGAAUCAGAAACAGCCUAAAUUCUUCAGUUGUUUGUACCUAAUAGGAUUCAUGGGCAAGCAAACAUGCAACACAUUAUAACAGAAAGGAAUCUGUGCUGUUCUUCAGAGUCAAAGAGGAAAAAGCAGUGGACCUUUGUAACUCCUAUAUCGCAAAGUCUAACCAAGAGCAUAAUGUUAAGGGUUUUCUUCAGUAUUUCAUCACCUUUUUUCACUGCAUAGUAUCAUACUUCUGUGAAUACUGCAGAAGUAAUGAUAGGUGUUAAGUUCCUCCCUUACUGUCGAGGGGAAAGUACAAUGAAGUAUUGUGGCUGACUGACGAUCAUUGUACAGGAAAGAAUUGACUAAUUCACUUUUUUUUUUCUUUUGUGGAUAGCACGUUACCCUGCUCUGUACUCUUGUGUUGCUUUAUGUUGGGAAGGAAGAAAGUGAAGUGACUUUUAUUUUCUGUCAUGUAGUGGAGAAAAUUUAAACUGUCAAAAUAAAUUUAAUGAGCAACCAAUAAUUCAAUUUUUAUUUUUGCAAAAAAAUGAGCAGCUUUACAACCUGACCAGAUUUGGCUAAUUCUUUUUCUCCACUGUUUAGAAAGGUGAUUAUUUUGUUAUAUUGAUUAUUUGAGAAAAUGGCUUACUGUUUUGAGUUUUUGUAAUACUUCAUAGGGAGGGUCAAGAAGAAUGCAAGACUCACUGUAGAAAAUUGAAGCUUAUUUCGAAAGAGGUACACAACAAUUAGGAAACAAAAAGUUUCCUGCUGAACAGAGGAAAAUGUUUCUAUUCCUGCAAGGUGAACAAAUUAAAAUUUAUGAUGCUAAAUGUGGGAGUGGUAGUUUUUAUGCUGCCAUAAUACAUGGAAAUGGAAUGCUGGCUGAAUGGGUUUAGAAUAGUCAGUUUGUUAUUUUUGACCAGUGCAGGAACGAUGGGCCAAAGGGCCUUUUUCAGUGCUGUACUUCCCUGUGACACUCUGAAGUAUCAGCACAACGGCUAUCACUAGCCAGCUGUAGGGGCUUGGGAGACUAUCCCGUAUAAAAUGUCCUCAUUUCACCAUUGUGAUUUUAAACGACCCAUGUCGCUGAGUGCUGCUUCAGUGAGAAGGUGAGGAGAGUUCCUUGUCCAGUCUUUGUUCUUGCAGGUAAGGACAAGGAAGUAUUGAGGAAAAUUGCCUCUGUGAGGUUGAGAUAAAUCUUCAGUCAAGUUUAAAGACUCCUGCGGAAUAGUCCUCGCAGACUGUGUGGGAAGAGGAAAAGAAUAUUAUUUCCCAUUCCUACAAGCGGCUCAGUCUUCUAAUGAGUGUUUUUCAAUGGGCGCGAUAAUAUAUGAAACUUGAGGAUGUGAAUACCUGAAGAUCACCUGUAACACGUUGGGAAGGUUUGAAAAUUCCACAUCAUGGAACUCAAUUUUUUUUUAAAAUCACAUGUUGCAGUCAAUCCAGACAAAUAAGAUUCAGAUUCUUAUAUUGCACGCUGAAGAAUUUAUUGAAUUUAUAGCUUGAGUCUGUGAAAAUGAAAAGUCUUUGAAUUGAUCAAAUCUUAUAAAUUAAUAGAAAUUAUCCCUCCAAUUUCCUUCUUUCCUGAUGCAGAAGUGGCAAAAUUUUAUUUUAUGAAUGGUGCUCAAAUACUUUGAUUUUUUUUCUAUUUUAUAUCUUUUGAACUAAGAAUAUACUGAAUGCAUGGCUGAACACCAGAUAAUUACUAAAGUCUUACAUUGGAGCAUCUGUAGUGGUUUAAUAAAUGAACACAGUAGCAAAGUGUUUUGGGCACUACAGUCUUAUUUUGCUUGCUUUGAAAUACCUGGCAAUUGUUUGUAUUUUAAUUAUUUUAAAAUGCCACUGCUUAGUACCAGCAGUUGGAAUUGUGGAAAUGAGGACCAUUUUCUCCAAAGUUGACCCCGACUAAGGGACUUUUGUCAAAUCCAUAAAAGUUGUCACACACUUGGAGGAAACAAGUCCUUACGUGUAAAAUUGAUGCAUCUUGUAUUCAGAUUUCUAAUGACAAGAUUCCCAAAGGAGUAAAUCACAUGUCGGGUUUUAAGUAUGGUGUGCAAGUGAAAGCCUGAACAUGUUACUGGGCGCACCCAACAUGAGCAAAACAACCUGAUUCUCCAGAUCAAGGUUUUCCUUCACUUUAAGCUAUUCAAUUCUUUCAUGAAAAUUACAUCCUGCAUCUUCAGUGGUAUGUGGUGGAUUGUGAGACUUCUAACUGUUGCAAAAAGAUUUUCUUGAAAGCUGCAAGUUACGGGUGCAGGUUUCUUUUUUUAUAUAUAGGCCAAGAAGGUUAAAAAGACAUUUCUGUGAAUUGCAAUAGUUUAUUUUCCAUUUCCAGUACAUUACAAUAAACUGAAGGUGCAGUAAAUGAGGUCCAGUUUGCGUGAUUUUAUUUAACAGGAUGAUGGGAACUUAACCUCAUUUUAUAACGUACAGACUUUUUGUUGAAGCGUUCGGAGGUGUAUUUUAUUCUCUUGUUAUAUAUCAGCUUACGUUUACAUUUCCAAACAGUGUCUUGCAUUGUUUUUAUUAUUUACCUGAAUGUUCAGAUA